CUCCGGCAGUAGAUGGCGUCCGUGGCCGGCGGCGCACUCCCUCCGCCGCACGGAGACAGCUGAGUCACAGUCACACUUACAUUUAGACCCAGGUUCAUAGAUAUAGAGAGGGAAAAGAGCGGCUUCUGUCGAGAACUCACCCUGACCACAGUGGAUUCUGGCCCCCGCCGCCCCCCCUGCCCCGACACCGAGCCGCAACAUGCUGACGAUAACUCUGAAGACCCUCCAGCAGCAGACGUUCAAGAUAGACGUCGACCCACAAGUGACGGUGAAAAUGCUGAAGGAGAAAGUCGAGGAGAACAGAGGGAAAGAUGCAUUCCCUGCUGCGGGACAAAAACUCAUCUAUGCAGGCAAAAUCCUAAAUGAUGACACCCCACUGAAAGAGUACAACAUCGACGAGAAAAACUUUGUGGUGGUCAUGGUAACCAAGCCUAAACCAGUCCCUCUUCCACAAGAAACCCCCCAGCCAACCCCCCAGUCAGCUGCAGCCUCAGCAACAGCCUCAGCAACAGCCUCAGCAACAGCCUCAGCACCAGCCUCAGCAACAGCCUCCGGGCCUGCACAGGCGUCCUGCGUGCCGACACACACAGUGUCUUCAACUACGCCUGCCCCACAGUCAGCGCAUCCCUCUGAAUCCCCGUCCUCAGCCCCAGUCCCAGACGACACAGCGCCAGCUUCUGCUGAAGCGUCAGUAGCUCUGGACUCUGCUGCAGCCCCAGACUCAGCUCCAGCUCUGGGUCCGGCUGCCACUCCAGCCUCUGCCCCAGCUCUGGGUCCGGCUGCCACUCCAGCCUCUGCCCCAGCUCCAGCCUCUGAAACUGUUCAGACACCCUCAACCACUGCAGACCCCCCCACCGCUACGCAGUCGGAAGACAAUCCAAGGGAAAACCCUGAGAAUCAACCGUCUGUCACGACACCAGUGCGCUCCUCUGCUUCCAGCCUUGUCGAUGAACUGGGACUCCUUGAAGAAGCAGCAUCAAUACUGGUGACAGGUCCUGCCUAUGAGAAUCUGGUGUCAGAGAUAAUGUCUAUGGGUUAUGAGCGGGAGCAGGUGGUGUCUGCACUCAGAGCCAGUUACAACAACCCAGACCGAGCAGUGGAGUACCUACUCAUGGGUAUUCCAGCAGAGGCUAGUGAACUGCCACCUCAGGAGCCAGUAAGGCAAAGUGCUCCGUUGAACUCCCCGGACCCUGCUACAGAGCCACCACAGCAGCCCCCAGCAGCCUCCAACACAGGGCCAGUGUCUAGCAGUCAGCCUCCCGCUGCUGGUGGAGGCUCUGUCCCCUCAGCCAAUCCUCUGGAGUUCCUAAGGAACCAGCCACAGUUCCAGCAGAUGAGACAGAUAAUCCAGCAGAACCCGGCCCUCCUACCAGCCCUGCUGCAGCAGCUUGGCAGAGACAACCCGCAGCUGCUGCAGCAAAUCACGCAGCACCAGGAGCGUUUUGUACAGAUGCUGAAUGAGCCACGAGGUGGAGACACAGGAGGUGAGGGCGCUGAGGCCCAGGGGUCCCCACAAACUAACUACAUCCAGGUCACUCCACAGGAGAAGGAGGCCAUUGAGAGGUUAAAAGCGCUGGGCUUCCCUGAAGGCUUAGUCAUCCAGGCGUACUUUGCCUGUGAGAAGAACGAGAAUCUGGCCGCUAACUUCCUGCUACAGCAGACGUGGGACGACGAAUAAGCAGACAUUCCCCGGCAUCACCAUUAGACAGGGGCCGCGGAGUGGAGGACACAGCGGCGUGAACAGGGACAUGGGCGGGAAGACCACAUUUCUUUUCAUGCCAUUGCGACAGUGGUCUGAUGAUGAUGGUGAUGGUCGACGACAUGCUUUCAAAGUUAGCUGUGCUGCCUGUUCUCCAUUCUGCUGUGAUGAUCACUGCUGCUUCAUUGUUACUGCUGCGUCACGUCCACAGUGUGCAUCACCUUCUCAGGGUUUCCACUGCAGUCAGCUCACACAACAUGUGUACAGGAAACUGAUACACAGUAGACACACUACACACACAGUAUUUAUUGCAAAAAUAUACAUGACAAGAACAAAUGUGUUGAGAAACCUUCCAUGUUGGAUUUACCCUGAAGAUGUGAUGCAAACUGUCGGCUUCACUGUUUGAGUGCUUACACUGCUUUAUAUUAAAGUUCAGUUCUAGUCAUUUCAUUUUUCUUCUGAUUCUUUUUUCCUUUUGAAAAACAAAAAUCACAAUCAUUAAACAUUAAACAUCUGAGGCCAAACAAGUCAAAAUUGCACAGAUGUUUUCUGCAGAUGUGCGCCCGCGGUUCCAUCUGAUGAAAAAUUGUUUCUACCAGAAAAAGGAAAAAAGAGAUGAAUGUUAAAAAUGACUGAUUGUAUUCAAAAUUUUAACUAAUAAUCAUUUGAAUGAAUGUAUCCCAAAAUUAUUUUUAUUUUAAUCUCUGUGUAGGGCUGAAAUUGGUUUCCAAAAAUAAGUACAAAAUUCAAAGUUUGGUCAGAUGUGAGUGGUUGACAAUAUUUAGAGAUGAUGUGAGUUUUGUGGGAGGAGUGGGAACUCUCAGAUUGUGUUUGUCUGUUCUGCUCUUUAACUGUUGAGGAUUUGUUGGUUCUGUUAUUUUUUAUUUUGUUUUAAAUCUGAAGGCUGUUAAUGAAGUGCCCCGCUGCAAACUAAAUAUUUCAUUUUUUAAUUAAUGUCAUGUUUUUCCUAAAGUAUUUCUGAAGUUGAAAUGAACUUUCAGCUGAUCUGUUGCAUUUGUCUCACAACACAUCUUCUAUGCAUCUUGAAGCUCCUUUACGCCUUACUGGUAGUUAAAGACUUGAACAGGUUUGAUUUGACUCAUGUUGCUGUAGUUUGCCAUUCAGUGUUUCAGAUAUCUCACAGAGGAGUGCCGUUGGGUCAGUGGCCAUUAUUAAGCUUUUAAUCAUUGAUGAUUAAUCUUCAAAUGUGAACUAAAGGGAAUCUGAAUAACUGCUAGAAGCCAAAAGAAACAAUCAAAAAGAUAUCUAUAUUUUCAGCAUGUGCUUUGCUGUUUCUCCUGAUACUUUUAUUUAUUUAGGUUGAACUGGAAAUGACUGGAGGUUUUGUAUCAUAUUGUAAGCGGUGUAUAAACUCUGGGGGGAGGGGAAGGGUCACUAAACUGUGACAGGAACGUUGCUCGAGCUUGUUUGGAGUUGUUUGUUGCAUGAGGUGAUGUUGCUCUGAUCCAAGUUCAUCUGUUGUUUUCUUUUCUUUUUGGGGUUAUAAAAACAAAAAAAAUGUGCGUACAACCUUAAAUACUCCAGUUGAGGUUUUGCUGGAUAAUUGUGAAGAAAAAAACUUUGUUUCACCAUUGUGUAAAAUAAAUGGCUUUUACAAA